GAACGUGCCAAUAAUGCUAUCUUUUGUAGCAAUCUACUUAAAGUUUCGCCGAACAACAGAAGAAUUCGAAGAUGAGACGAUCAAAGAGCGAUCCUGCGAAGUAUGCUCGGAAUUACAGAAAAAUAUCGCAGCGCCGCAUGACGCAAUAUGAUGGAUUGGACGAAGAAAAAGAAAUGCAGCGGUUACGAUCAAUUUUGAGGACUUCUGAACGACAUUUGAAAGACGUGAACAGUUCUUCCUCAACGCAAGAAGAUGGAGAAAAUAAGAAGCGGAAGCGCAGAGUGAACGAUGAAAAGGCGAAAAAUGAAGACACCUCGAUGCUGUCGAAGGAAUUUCUGGCGGAACAAGGUCACGGUGAAUUUGGCGAUGACGACAAUCCUUUGAUAGUCAUUCCAAAGAAGAAGAAGAAAAAGGAGAAGAAAAGUGCUGUACAAUUGACACCCCAAGAAAUCAAGGAAGCAAGAGCUCUCCAAAAAAAGACGGCCAGAAAAUUACAGCAACUCGAGACUCGAGCUGCACAGAAAAAGAAACGUGCCGAACUAUACAAAAAGUUGAAGGAAGACCAAGAAUCCCAAGCUGCCCUUCAGCCACUUCUAUUGGCAUCUGGAAAGCUAUCGAGAAAGGAAACAGAUACGAAGAAACAGGCCGUGAAAAAGAUAUUUAAUAAGGAGCGCGCUGGAUUAUCAAUCACUAAGGAGGAAGAAGAAUUGCUGUACCCGGAACGUACAGUAGCUGCUAACGACGAACCUUCGAUGUCGUUACACUCAAAUAACGCAAGUAUGUUUAUGAAAUCAAACUCUAGCGAGGUUCCCAUGGAGAGUAAAUACGCGAAGAAUACCGGGGGAAGGAAAAAUAAAUCCCGCUCAGAAAAAAGAUCUACAGAGGAUGUGGAACGAGAUGCCAAGGAUAUAUCAGGUUCAAAGAGAAAUAGUAACAGUGAUGGAGGAAAGAAAUCAGACACCAGUAAAGCAAUGCCUUCAGCUGGCGCAGAUUUCGCAGCGCAAAUGAUGGCAUCGCUAUCACAAAUAAAGGAGAGAGCCAAAGAAAAACAACCCGAACAAGAAUCCGAACAAAUACGACCAGACGUAACAUAUCCAAAUGCAGCACCGACAAAGAAAUACGUCCCAACGAAUCCCACAGUUCUUAAAACAGCAGCAACAUUGGGACUCAAGUCCACUGGACAAUAUAAACUAAAAAGAGAAGUGCUAGAAGUUAAACGGCCGGCUGAAGUUGAAAAGAAUCGUUACGAUUUGCCUGUGACAGCGAUGGAAUUUGAAAUCAUGGAUGCGAUCCGUAACAACGAUGUAACAAUAAUUUGUGGUGAGACUGGAAGUGGAAAAUCGACGCAGAUUCCAGGUUUUCUUUAUGAAGGGGGUAUGUGUCUCUCUCCUGGUGAUUCCGACAAAUCCUUUUUGGUUGGGGUCACUCAACCUCGUCGUGUAGCGGCUGUAUCCACAGCGAAACGACUAUGCUAUGAGUUAGGUCAAGGCGAUGGACAAUCAAUUAUGGGGUCAGGACGAAAAGGAAACCUCGUUGCAUAUAAAACGAGAUACGAGAGUGCUGGCUGCGGAGAUUCAACUCGUAUACAAUUCAUGACUGAUGGAAUUUUGUUGAGUGAAAUUCAGACCGAUUUGCUUUUACGGAGGUAUAGUGUGAUCGUACUCGAUGAAAGUCACGAAAGGAAUCUGAAUACAGAUGUUUUGAUUGGUUUGCUCAGUGUGGCCUUGCCCCUUCGAAAGAAAGCUGCCGAAGAAGAUCCAACUAUCCCUCCUUUAAAACUUGUACUGAUGAGUGCUACACUUAGAGUCGAGGAUUUUACGAAGAACGAAAAACUGUUCCCGUCUGGUACACCGACGGUUGUAACGGUCCCAGGAAGGACACAUCCUGUAACCAUUCAUCACAGCAAAGUCACGGAGCUUGAAAAUUAUGAAGAUGUCGCUUUCAAGAAAAUCUGUAAAAUUCACCGGAAGUUACCUCCUGGUGGCAUACUAGUCUUUCUCACCGGAAAAGCUGAAAUCAUUCGCAUGGUCAAUCGACUAAGGCGUUCUCUCACUGACAAUGGUAAUCACAAAAAAUUCAAAGCAUUAGAAGACGUGGGGGCUCUGCAGUCGGAAGAAAGUGCGAUCGAUGCUCCAAGAGAAAUGGACGACGAAGAAUUAGAUGGUGAGACCGAAAAUGUUGAUGACUACAAUGAUAUUGAUGACGAUUUUGACGAUGACUCAAAUAUGAUUCCGAGCUACGAAGAUGAUAACAUUCCGAAAGAAGCAUGUGUUCUUCCUCUCUACUCUUUACUUUCGGCGGAAGAUCAAGCUAAAGUUUUUGCUCCGACUCCCGACACACAUCGGUUGAUCGUUCUUGCGACGAACAUUGCAGAAACUUCUAUCACAAUUCCUGGUAUUUCCUACGUCGUUGAUGCUGGGCGUCAGAAAUGUCGAAAUUAUAAUUCGGGAACUGGAGUUGCCUCGUAUGAUAUCAUGUGGAUCAGCAAAGCUUCUGCUGACCAAAGAGCUGGACGCGCCGGUCGUACUGGGCCGGGCCAUUGCUAUCGCCUAUACUCUAGCUCGUUAUAUUCUCGACAUAUGGAUGAUUUUGCAUUGCCCGAAGUUCUGACUCGUCCGUUAGAAGACAUUGUCCUCGCCAUGAAAGCAAUGAAAAUAUCAAAUGUAGCAAACUUUCCCUUUCCUACACGUAAGUUUGCAAACCCUAGGAGUCCCGUUUAGCGGAAAAUACAUAUUGCUCACACUUCUUUCUUUGUUUUAGCACCCGAUAAUACCCAAAUCCAAGCGGCAGUCAAACUUCUGGCUAAUAUAGGAUGUGUUGAUAUCUCGAACAUUGAGCGUGAUGGCGGAGACGGCGAGGUAACACGACUUGGCAAAGCUGUCGCCAAACUUCCGCUGGGUGUGCGUUAUGCAAAAAUGCUCUUGGUGGCAGCACAAGCUGGUGUUUUAGAUUAUGCAAUUGUGAUCGUUGCAAUUUUAUCAGAAGCAAGUCCAUUCUCGAAUCAUGUUUUAAAGGUUUCAAGUGAGCAUGAUAAUGAAGAAUCCGAUGACGACCUUGAUGAAGUUGAUAAAAAACUGGUCGAGGAACGAGAAAAGAAAUUCAAAAGAAAUCUUAGACAAUGGUACAACCACGGUGGAGACGUUUUGGCCGCAAUGUUAGCUGUCGGUGCAUAUACAUAUGCUGGUAGAGGAGCAGGUGGAGCUUCCGAAAAGUUAGCGAAUAGCAAGUUUUGUGAGGAGAAUGGAUUGAGUUAUCCAAUUAUGUGUCGAAUCCAAAAGAUGCGCAGUCAUCUAGCUAUGAUCGCAAAAAAUAGGUUGGGCACUGCGAAUGCCCUAGCUUCGAAGACAGGUGGAUUUUCGUGCAAAAUGGCACCCCCGAAGAAGAUCGAAGAAAUGCUAUUAGUUCAGGCGAUCGCAUCAGGUCUAUUAGACAAUGUCGCGCUGUUGGCUACUCCUGGAUCUAUUUCUGGAGAAUAUCCGAUCGACCUACGAUCGGCUUAUAUCGACUCUUCAUCUUCGAUAAGUACUCCAUUAUUUCUUGACAAGGCAAGUUUCGUGUACACAAGAGACUACAGGCAAUUGCCUCGAUGGGUUUGCUAUGAUUCGAUUGUUCGCAAAACGGCUAAGGAUGGGACUCCACUGAAUGUYAUGAAGAAUAUAACCCCGAUCGAUCCAACGUGGUUGGGAGAAAUAUCUAAGGGAACCCAGAUGAUUGCGCUCGGGUCCCCGCUUCCGUCGCCACCACCAAUUUAUGACGAUGAGCAGGACGAAAUUCUUUGCUCAGUGACAACGAAAUAUGGCGCUAAAGGAUGGGAAAUCUCUCCAACCAAAGUAGGCAUGUAUGACGUCCUAAACUCCAACAGAAAAGAAACUGGUGAUUUUCUUCGAGAUGACUCAUUUCGUUGGUUUGCAAGAUUUCUUUGGGAAGGAAAAAUUAUUCCUGAGUUCAGUGAUUUACAGCAAUUUAUGAACGAUAGUCCAUCACUGAUUACCCAAAGAACCCCGUCAUCGAAAGUCAGCAUGUUGGUUUCAGUAUUAUCUGAUGCUGGGGUUGAUAGCGCAAGAGCCUUAAGAAAGCAUUGGGCGGAAAAAAAUUCGAAGUUUUUGUUUCUCCAGUUAAAGCAUUGGAUCAAACGCGAAGAUCAUAAACAAGCGAAGAAAAUCUGGAUUGAAGGAGUUCGACAAAAUAUACGAAAAUGGAAGGAUGCUUCCAGCUCAACUUAAAUUGCAAGAAACAGUAUGAUGGAAAUCGGCAGAUAGACCAAAAUCAGCGACACAUCACGCUUGAAUUAAAUCUGGGAUGUAUCCAUACGGCAUUUUUAUGACUAGUCCUACUAAUUGACCAUUCCUAUCGGUAGACUUGCUGAUAUUUUUAAAGUCGAAAUUGAAGGUUAGAGUAAAUCUGUGCGAACAAAUUUAAAAAGUGAAGAUGAAUGGAGAGUGUACAUAGUUCUCGAUUUAUGCCAAACCUGUUGCACCUAUCCCACAUAUCCUCUUUACAUAAUCAUAAAUCAAGAGCUGGAUCGUGACAAUCAUUCCGACAUGGAGGAGUCUCGUUCUUGUGCCAACGAAGAAACCCGCGAUGCCACGGUCACUGCGCAAGAUAUUCCGGCUUAUAUCACGUGUUCUGUAAUCACCACCAUGAGCACAAGAUAGACUUAGAAUGGUGUCGCCAGGCUGACUCGUUAAAGAUGAUAAAACACUAGCAAUCGCAGCGGACACCAAGGGAAUCGUAAAUUUCAUUGCAUGCGAUACUGUCGCAACUCCACUGUUUCUGAGACAGGAGUAGAAAAAUUUCGUGAAAACAUCGAACGAAACAUUUUUUGUUACAGUGUACGGAACCUGCUUCAAUAUCAUGGGGUUCAAUCCUUUGCUAAAUCCUUGCACACCUUCCUUCUUCAAUAUUUUAUAGCCUCCCCGUAUCCAGUUACCAGAUGUAUAAUUUGGUUCCGCCACCAACCGUAUUCUUAUCACUUCCAUAGGGCAUAAAAUGAACGAAGCUGCAAGGCCCGAUGCAAUUCCACUCAAGACAAAGGAAAAGAAAUGCGAAUUCAAAAAAGAAAAAGACGACAUCGAAGCUAUAACAGAAAGCCACGACUUGAUGGCUGGCUUUAGUACCUCAUAAACCCCGAAUUUGACGGCUCCCUCUAACAAAUAGCCAAAGGUCGUUGGUCCCAACCCAGCCCAAAGAGCGCUGAACCCAUCUUCUUUCAAAAUUACGCGACCGGCCUCGACAAAAGACUUAUCUACAAAUCUAGUAUCUACUUGUUUGCGAGUCUGGACCAAAUUGUCGCCAGCAGUCAAAGUCGUCAGAAUGCCGAGUGAGACAAAAUAUGAAGUACCAUCUUCUAUUACAAGGUAAAAACCUUCCGCUGUAUCUCACCUUGAUGACAUCAACUGGUGUAGGAAUCGUAUGAGAAAUUGCUGCGCAUAGUCCUCCAGCCAAGAAAAAUCUCCAUGAUCCAGCAGACUUCGAGACAAUUGACAAGAAUACGCCAAUUGAGCACCCUCCGAAAAUAGCUAUUCCGAGUUUAUCCAUAGCUGUUAUUUUUGUAUGGUCGUUGACUGGAAGCUCUAAUGACGGGAUAAGUACAUCGUCCCAUGUUGCUCCUCCUGCUGCAUUCAAGGACGACGCAUGGUUUUGUGAAUGUUGCAACGCUUCUUCGAAAUUAUUUCCAACACCCGACGAGGUCGCCAACAAACGUUGUUGUCGAAUGGGAUUUGAAAGUUCAGUCGAAGGAUUUUGAUUGAUAUUUGUUACAGUGCUAUGGCAGUGAGUCAAACGAUUGUUGUGAAGGUUGAAGGAGGAGGAUUCUUGAAAGCAGCAAACAAUUAAUGUCGCCACUUUAAGCACCCCAUAAGUAUCGCCAAGGUGUCUAACCAUUGUCUUGUAAUAGACAAGAUUUUAUUAU